GCGCCGCGCACUAGCCAGCUGUCUGGAUCAACCGCCUAUGCUGGAUCUUCAACGUCGCUCACCUCACUCAACAGCGACAUGACCGUGGUUGCCAAUGGCCCGGUGGUGGCCACCAGUAACAUCAUCAAUCAAAAGGCCGACGCCUCUCGCUCCCUCUACCAGAUAUGCAUCUCCCUCAAGCAGCGCCUGGCCCAGGUGCCCGGCUUCGAGCAGUUUCUGCAGCACCUCGACCCGACCGACCCAGUCGAUCCCCUCUGGAACCUCCUGCGCUCUGGCUAUCCGCUGCUGGUAGUCUACAACACGCUGCGGCCCGCUGAGCCGCUGAGCGUCGACGACGCCAAUGCCUCCGAUUCCAAAAAGUCAAAGAUUGCCAUCUUCAAGUUCGUCCAGGCCUGCAUGAAGGAUCUCCAGGUGCCUCCGGCCGAUUGUUUUGUCAUUACGGAUUUGAUGGGCACUGACACGAGCGGCUUUGUUACCCAAGUCGUUAAUUACGUCCUUGACCUUGCAGAGCGGCGCGGAUUCCUUCUCCAGCAGGAGGCCUAUCCCGAUGGCGAGCCCACUGGCACCAACGGCACCUCCAAAAUGACCUAUCGAGACCAUGUCAUCAAAGAACUGGUGGAUACCGAGCGCAAAUAUGUCCAGGACCUGGAAAACCUGCACGAUUUGAAGAAGGCAUUGGAGCAGAAAGGAGUAAUUACCGGCGACAUCGUUCACCAAAUCUUCCUCAACAUCAGCCUUAUCCUCGACUUCCAACGCCGCUUUCUCAUUCGCAUCGAGACCACCAACUCUUUGCCCGCUGACUCCCAGCGAUGGGGCCAGCCGUUUGUCACCCACGAGGAGUUCUUCAACAUCUACCAGCCCUUCAUCGCCAACCAGCGCAAGGCGGCGCAAAUUGCCAAUACAAAUUUCGAACUCAUCCGCCAGUCAGACCACCCCGUCGCAGCCGACUUUAACACUCUGGACGGUUUCCUCCUGAAGCCUAUGCAGCGUCUAGUCAAGUAUCCGCUGCUACUCAAGGAUCUGGCAAAGAAAACGGAAGACCCAGAGACAAAGGACGAUCUGCUACAAGGAUGUGAGGCUGCUGAGCGCGUUCUCCAGAAAGCAAACGAAGCCGUUAAUCGCGACCUUCUCGACGAGGCGCUGGAGGAGCUCAUGACCAGAGUUGAUGACUGGAAAUCACACAAGAUUGAGUCAUUUGGAAAGCUGUUGUUGCAUGGCGUCUAUGGUGUCAUCACUGGCAAGAGUGAACAAGAGAAGGACUAUGAAAUCUACCUCUUCGAAUGCAUUUUGCUAUGCUGCAAGGAAAUUUCCCCAAACAAGAGCAAGGACAAGAAAGAGAGGGCUCGGCUGCAAUCACUCCCAAAGCAGAAGAACAGGACCGCCAAACUGCAACUCAAGGGCCGAAUUUUCAUGACCAACGUGACCGAUGUCGUGUCUCUUUCCAAGCCAGGCUCUCACAGCGUCCAAAUCUGGUGGAAAGGCGAUCCUGGUGUCGAAAACUUCACCAUCAAGUUCCUCACGGAGGAGAUGAUGAAGAAAUGGGCAAACGGCCUGGAGACGCAACGUAAGGACAAUGCGCCUCGCACCGCCACGAGCCCAGACGACAAUCCCACCGACUUUGCUUGGACGCGCGACCAGGCCGGCGGCCUUGAAAACCCCUACCUACAACAAGACGACGACGAUGAAGACGACAUUGGCCCCGCUACUGCUCCUGCUCAGUUCCCAGUGCCAACAAGCUCAUUCGGAGGUUCCAUGGCCAUCCCUAGGACCGCGUCGAGCUCCAACCUGAGAGACUUGAGGAAGGGCUCGGUAACCGUGGAGUCGUCGCAGUCUCUGGCCGGCAUCGCGCGAGCUCCUCCGCCACGAUUCCCGCUGCCAAUGCCGCCAGCGCCCUUGUCCCUCCAGACCCAAAACAGCAUGACCGUUCCAUCGCCCGGCGCCCGCGGAGGAGAUAGCUACUUUUCGCCCAUUGGCGAAUCACCUGCGUCUUCUCGAACCAGCGCAACCAGUGGAGUAUUUUCGCCAAACAUCAACCCAUUCUCCAAAGCCGGGACUCCCCAAGCAGGAUGGGAUGAAAACAACCGCUAUACGGCGCCAGCAAUGCCCCGUGCCCCGUCUCGAGACGGUACGCCGCCCAGUGCCUACAUGAAUGGCAGACAUAGCGCAAACCCGGCGGCGUCAAGGAGCCGCUCGUACAGCACUCCCGACGCCGCGGCUCAGGGCCAGCGACGCCAACCCAGCCAGAGCAACAUCCCCGCCGUCCCCGGCAUUCCCCUGCAUCUCCAUCCCGCUCACGACAGCACCAUCCCGAGAUCGCAAACAGGCUCCCCCCGGAACGAGGCAGCGGUGCCAGCCAGCCGGACGAGCACGCAGAGCCCCGGCUCCCAGCCCCAGCGGGCACACAAACACAAGCAUUCGCACUCGGGCAGUGUCGGCGGCGCCAUGGCACAGUUCCCUACCCAGCCCAUCUACCCUCGACAGACCACGCCUGGACCUCCCAUGAGCAGCAACGGCCUUCGUGUUGACCCUGCAGCGGCCAACUCGCGGACCGUAUCACCGUCUCUCGGCACUGCGACCAUGUCUCAAGGAAUGCUGGCCCAUCACGGCAUGAUACCUUCGGGUAUGAUGCCUCCGGGAUUGGUGCCCCAGAUUCCACAGAACAACCCGGCUGCAAGCCCCGAGGUGGCCUUGCCAACGCAACUCAAGGUCCGGGUCACCUGCGAUACCGGAAACUAUGUUACGCUCGUUGUUGCUUUCAACAUCACGUACCAGUCCCUCGUUGAUCGGAUUGACGCCAAGCUUGCGCGGUUCACUACCAGCAGCAUAGCACAAGGGUUGCUAAAGCUUCGCUAUCAAGAUGAAGACGAGGACUUUGUCACAAUCGAGAGCGAUGACGACAUUCAGAUUGCCUUUAUGGAGUUCCGUGACGGUAUGAAGAGCGCGUACAGUGGCGGCGUGGGAGAGAUAGAGCUCUUCUGCGUCGGAGACAUGGCA